CUACUUUGAUCCAAUAACUUUGCUCGAUGAUUAGUCAUCGUCUCGGUAAUAAAUAAUCAGUACAUAAUUUACAAAUGCGAGCAACGAGAUUUAUAUUUAGAAGUGGCAACGAUUACGAAAUAUCGCGUCUUUUCCUGACUAUAAUAUAUUACGAUAGUAAUCUUUCAUAAUCCGACGUUUGUCAUAGAUAUCUUUGCAAAUAUCUGUUUCAUUGUUACCAAUUGUUACACAAACUGAAAGUAACAAAACACGCGCAGCUCGUGAGAUCCGCUGCUCGUUUCGUGUGUAGCAAGAAUAACGCACAGUGUUUCGGAGUACUUCUGUGACUGAUGUUACUUGCAUCGAUAAGCAAAAUUCGUAGGCACACAUAAAAUAUCUAUGGACGAAUCUAUAUACAUAUGCAACCAUAGAUCUGUUUGACACCCACCGAAUUACGUCUGGCAUGGCAAGCUCAUGCUUCAGUGAUGUGGACGAGUAUGGUUUCGAGCGACCACGUGAUUUUGAUUAUGACACUUAUGAAGAUUUUAUGUCAGAAUAUCUUAAGGUUCUCGCAAAAAUGGCCAAGAAGUGGGCGAAGAUUAUUGGUGAGGGAAAGUCAUUACAACGAAGUAUUACAAUAAAGAAAUAUGUUCGUAAAGGUAUUCCAGGAGAACAUAGAGGAUUGGUAUGGCUUGCUGUAAGUGGUGGAGAAGAUUUGAAAAAUGCAUCACCAGAUCUUUAUCAAAAAUUAUUAUUGUCUCCUCAUAAUGCAGAAGUUGCUGAAAUCAUAAAAACUGAUCUCCCAAGAACAUUUCCAGAUAAUAUAUUCUUUAAUAACACAGAGAAUCAACAGCAUCAGUUAUAUAAUGUGUUAUUAGCUUUUGCUCAUCAAAACAAAACUGUUGGAUAUUGCCAAGGUUUAAACUACAUAGCCGGUUUACUUUUGCUUGUCACAAAAAGUGAAGAAACAGCAUUUUGGUUACUGAAAGUAUUAAUUGACAAAAUCUUGCCAGACUAUUACACACGUACUAUGGAUGGUCUACUCACUGACAUUGAUGUACUCGCAGAAUUAGUAAGGAUAAAAAUGCCUGAUGUGUAUCAACAUGUAGCAAAUUUAGGAUUGCCUUGGCCAGUAAUUACAACAAAAUGGUUUGUGUGCUUAUUCGCCGAAGUUUUACCUAUUGAGACUACUCUACGUAUUUGGGAUUGCCUCUUUUACGAGGGUACCAAGAUUAUCUUCCGUGUUGCAUUAACGCUUAUAAAAAGAAACCGAGCUAAUCUGCUAGCUUGUCAAGAUUUUACAACGUUAGCCGAAUGUUUCAAGGAAAUUACAAAAGAUAGUAUUGUUUUACGAUGUCACGAGUUUAUGCAGAGUAUUUUUAAGGUACCUGGAUCACUGCCCGGUAAUACUAUAGCAAAGUUAAGAACGAAGGUAACGCAACAACGUAUAGAACAAAAACAAGACAAGUUAGGACGAUAGUACUCGUAACCGAAUGUUUUCAUAUACACUGAAUUAUUCUAGUCGUUAUGUUAUUCAUUUGCAUCUUUUGCAAAAUGAAUGUAUACAAAGCUGUAUUAUAUUGUUAUUAUAUAAUUAUUCUAUGCUAUUGCUGUACAUACAAUGUUUAUUUAGCAAUGUAAGAAGAAUUUACUCAAUUAUUCUACGUUUAUCUUAUUAUUGUAUAUAUGCUAUAAUAAAAAAAUUAUAAAUUAAUAUACCGAAAGUUUAAAAAUGAAAUAUAAUUGUGAUAUAAGUUACAAUGAAAGUUGUAUAAUUGUGAUAAGAUGACAUAAGGACAUUAAGCAAGCAUAUGAAAAAACAAAAUGCUUGUAAUUUUAUAAUUUAUACCGAUUUUAUAAUGUCUUUGCACAUAAACUUUCUAUAAAACGUUCAAUUUAAUUAUUAAAAAUAUCGAAG